UCUGGCUGGUCAGCUGACUCUGAUUCGACUGUCAGGAGACCUCACCAACUGUGAUUGAAUGGUAACAAUGCGAUUCACCGUCUCAUAAUAUGCAAUAAAAGUUACAUUUGUCUCCUAACGACCACAAUUUAAUACAUAGACCUGUAGUCCAACCAGAAUCAUGACUGAGUUUUGGUUGAUCUCUGCUCCGGGAGAGAAAACCUGCCAGCAAGCAUGGGACAAAAUGAUGGCGGCAACCACACGCACCAACAAUCUUUCUACCAACCACAAGUUCAGCAUCCCAGACCUGAAGGUGGGAACUCUAGAUGUCUUGGUUGGGCUGUCAGAUGAAUUAGCCAAAUUAGAUUCUUUUGUUGAAAGUGUCGUGAAGAAGGUGGCCCAGUACAUGGCCGACGUGCUGGAAGACAGUCGAGACAAAGUGCAGGAGAACUUGCUGGCCAAUGGAGUUGAUCUCAUCACUUACAUCACACGGUUUCAAUGGGACAUGGCCAAGUACCCCAUCAAGCAAUCACUAAAAAACAUUUCUGAAAUAAUCUCUAAGCAAGUCACCCAAAUUGACAACGAUUUGAAGACCAGAGCAUCAGCUUAUAACAACCUGAAAGGAAACCUACAGAAUUUAGAAAGGAAGAAUGCGGGGAGCUUACUGACCAGGAGCCUGGCUGACAUUGUCAAGAAGGAAGAUUUUGUUCUUGACUCAGAGUACCUUAUUACUCUGCUUGUUGUUGUUCCAAAAACGUCGUAUGCUGACUGGCAGAAAACAUAUGAAACGCUAGCUGAGAUGGUGGUGCCUCGAUCCUCCAAUCUUCUGUUUGAGGACAAUGACAGUGGAUUGUUCAGUGUGACACUAUUUCAGAAAGCAAUCGAUGACUUCAAACACAAAGCCAGAGAGAACAAAUUCUCUGUGAGGGACUUUCAGUACAAUGAAGGGGAAAUGAAGGCAGAUAAAGACGAGAUGACUCGGCUGUCUACAGAUAAAAAGAAGCAAUUUGGCCCGCUUGUUCGAUGGCUGAAAGUGAACUUCAGUGAGGCUUUCAUCGCGUGGAUCCACAUUAAAGCACUGAGGGUUUUUGUUGAAUCUGUUCUCAGAUAUGGACUGCCAGUGAACUUUCAGGCCAUGCUACUGCAGCCUAACAAGAAGACUGCAAAGAAACUGAGGGAGGUGCUCAAUGAUCUAUACAAACAUCUGGACAGUAGCGCUGCAGCAAUUAUUGACUCAGCAAUGGAUAUUCCAGGAUUGAAUCUGAGCCAGCAGGAGUAUUAUCCUUACGUGUACUACAAGAUCGACUGCAACCUUCUGGACUUCAAAGUGUAAGACUUCCUUUUUCACGGAACAUCCCCACUUGCUCCUGUGUUCCUGGAGUCUCCUCACUUCCACACUGAAUGACUGAAAUUACUGCAUGCUCAUUCCUUGUGGCUCCAAAAGAAACCCCACACAAGCUUAUACCACUUUUAAAAAGGACUUUUAUGACUUAUGUAUGAGUUUUUAUGAGUUCUACAUGAUGUGGAAGUGUCAUAUGAAGAAGUUGGGAUGUUUUUAAGUUAUCCCUGUUUAUUUUCUAUGCCACUCCUAAAUCUCACGAAUGGUCGGGUAAGGGAUCUUCACAAGAAUUCAACAAGAUCUUUUGAAUUUCUCACAUCACGACUUUAGAAGUCCAUGUAUGACAACUUGACACCAGAAUGUGUUUUUUUCGGAUGUAAGAAUUGUAUAGACUAAGGCAGCAAAUGAAAGAUUUUUUGUUUGGUCACAGCUCCUCUGCUCUCGCCACUUCAAGAACAGUUUGACGCUGGAUUCUCCAGUGUUCAUACAAUUACUGUACAUCCAAUAUCAAAUUCUUCUUUACUGUUUACUGAUAACCAUUAGCAUGUAAUCGAUUGAGGGGUGUGUUUCGGGGGGUUGGAGAUUACCUUUGUCCCCUGGGUUAGGGGUUAGCUUUUCGGGCAAGAGGAGAAGAAUGCAGAUUUACUCUGCACACAACUUGAGCUUUAUGGAGUCUUUUAUUAAAAUAAACUUUCUAUCGUGCCCCACUGGGAUUCAAUAUCAUUUUAAAAGCCCCUGAAAUGAGUAUGAUAGGGCCCCUUCAAAGACAUUUGUUUACAGUUUAUUCUUAAGGCACACAUUGUGAAAUUAAUUUAAAAAAUGAUGAUGGACUGUAUUAUGUAUGUAGCCAUUCCACAUGUAUUGAUGACAGCACCUCCUGUGUUGUUUUUUUAGAGUUAUGUGUUACAUUAAAUUCCUUCUAUUAUAUUGUAUGUGUGGCAACCAAAUUAGGUGUGUGUUUGUGAGAUGACGGCAUGCUGAUAUUGUGAAACAUGUUGUUUUGUCCUGUGUAUAACUUUUAACAGAGGUACAGCUGAACAUUAUGAAAGUCAAUUAUAUUGAUUGGUGAUCACACUUUACUAAUGGUCUUAAUUAACAAAUGAAAGGACAAUAACGUACAUUAAAACAUUACAUUUUGUUUUAUGGCAUUUUUCUUGAUUAGGCUUGAGAUGUACCAGUCUGCAGUCUUAUGUUUCAUUUGAUAACAAACUACCGCAUACUGCCCCCGGACUGGUUGCAAGUCAAUCACAGGGCACAUAAAGACAGUUAAUAGAACAUGCACACUUUUGUGAAUGUGCAUGC